CGCGUGUGCUGGAGUUUUUCAAGCUUUUCUAAACUCCACCCAGAAGGUGUAAGGAGUCCUUUUUAGCGCAGGUUGAUAAGUAAUCAAACAAGUGGGCAGUACACACAUCGGAAGCCAAAUGACUGCAGACGUUGUGCUUCAACAAUAAGCCAUGCACCAGGACCGCCCACGUUAUGUGAUUGACAGGCCGGCAUAUAACCUCCCAGAUUUCGACAAAGACUUUGACAAGAAGAGUCGUCAAUUCCCCGUCGGAGAGAAAGUCAAGAAACUCUUCAGAUGCUCCGCGUCGAGACUGAAGGGCUUGUUAUUCAGACAUCUGCCUGUACUGAGCUGGCUCCCUAAGUACAAAGUGAAAGAAAACCUGCUGUGUGAUGUCAUCAGCGGGGUCAGCGCCGGCACCAUUCAGGUUCCCCAAGGUAUGGCAUUUGCCCUCCUGGCAAGCCUCCCUGCUGUCAACGGCCUCUAUUCCUCUUUCUUCCCCCUCAUCCCGUAUUUCUUCAUGGGCACUGCUCACCAGAUGGUCCCGGGUACGUUUGCUGUCCUCAGCAUUAUGGUUGGAAUGGUGUGUCUUAGGCUGGCGCCAGAGAAGGACUUCAUUUAUUUCAACGCCACUAGUAAUCAAACAGAAAUGCACGAAGAUCUGAUGAAUGAGGUUCGCCUGGGCAUAUCUGGAACCCUGGCCUGCCUCACUGCGAUCAUACAGAUCGGCCUUGGCUUCAUGCAGUUCGGGUUUAUAGCCAUCUAUCUGUCAGAAUCCUUCGUCAGAGGGUUCAUGACCGCUGCAGGAUUACAGAUCCUCAUCUCGGUGCUCAAGUACAUCUUUGGCAUCAACGUGCCACCUUAUAGUGGUCCACUGGCCGUUAUAUAUACACUUGUAGACAUUAUAAGCGGCCUUCCUGAUACUAACAUAGCGUCGUUAGUGUUUGCUCUGGUCAGCGCCGUGGCUCUGUUUGUGGUGAAGGAGCUGAGUGCACGCUACCGCCACAAGCUGCCCUUCCCCAUUCCUAUAGAGAUCAUUGUUGUGGUGGUGGCCACAGCGAUCUCAGGUCCUCUGGAUCUUCCUGAGCUCUAUCACAUGGACAAAGUGGGAGAAAUUUCUUUGGGUUUUCCCAAACCGAUCCUGCCCACAGUCAGUCAGUGGGAAGACAUGUUGAGCACAGCUUUCUCCCUGGCAAUCGUGGGCUAUGUCAUCAACUUGGCCAUGGGCAGGACUCUUGCAGCCAAGCAUGGCUAUGAUGUGGAUCCCAACCAGGAAAUGUUGGCUCUUGGCUGCAGCAAUUUCCUCGGGUCCUUCUUUAAGAUCCACGUGAUCUGCUGCGCCCUGUCUGUCACCCUGGCUGUGGACAAUGCUGGUGGAACAUCACAGUUUGCCAGUCUGUGCGUGAUGCUGGUUGUGAUGGUUACCAUGCUUGCACUGGGAGCCUACCUGAAUGACCUCCCAAAAUCAGUGCUCGGAGCUUUGAUCGCAGUCAACCUGAAGAACACUCUCCUGCAGCUCUCUGACCCUUAUUACUUAUGGAAAAAGAGCAAAUUGGACUGUUGUGUGUGGGUUGUGUCAUUUUUGGCCACGUUCUUUCUCAGCUUGCCGUAUGGAGUUGCUGUCGGAGUGGGCUUCUCCAUCCUGGUCGUGAUAUUCAAGACACAAUUUCGUAACGGUUCGGCAAUGGAUCAGAUCGUGGCUACAGAUAUCUACAAAAACCCGAAGGUGUACAGUAAGGUCAAGUCAGUAACAGGUGUGAAAAUAGUGAACUACUGCUCGCCUCUCUAUUUUGCAAAUGCUGAAAUCUUUCGGCAGAGGGUCAUCAAAAAGACCGGGCUGGACCCUGGCAAACUUAUCCUGGCCAGGCGGAAAUUCUUAGAGAAAGAACAGAAGGGAAAAGCGAAAGAGGAGAAGGAGGACAAGAAGACAAGAAGGAGGAAACCGAGCUCUUUGGUUACCAUGAAGGCUCAGACCAUAUCUCAGCUUGAGCUGCAAAAUGACUUUGAUAUGAACGAUGGCAGUGCCAACAAACCUGAACCUCCCACCAGCUAUGUCAAUGACAUUGAGCUGGGCGAGCAGGCACCUGACCAAGAGCCACCCAGUCCCUCCGCUGUCACACUGGAGUCCCAGCCCAUGCCCUUCCACACCCUCAUCCUUGACUUGGCAGGGGUCUGCUUCAUAGACCUGAUGGGCAUCAAAGUACUGACAAAGAUGAACUCAAGCUACUCGACACUGGGCAUUAAACUAUAUCUGGCUAAUGUUCAAGCCCAGGUAUACGAGGAACUGGAGGCUGGGGGAGCUUUUGAUGACGGUAGUAUCGCCCGCGGUAAUCUCUUCCUUUCUGUCCACGAUGCCGUCCUGUUUGCUCAGCAGACUGCCGGAGAGAGGCGAGUCUCCCUAAAGGCAGAGAAAGCGAAACAGGACCUUGGCUUUAAUAUUAAAGAGGAUCUGGAGCUGGAAAUGUUUUGAGCACUGACUGCUGCAGCGAGGACGAGCCGGAGAUACAAACAAUGAUCUUCAACGUCACUGUAAUUCGUGGGGAUUUAUUGUUGCCGAAUUACAUUUUGUGCUUGAUCUUGUAUCUUUUUUUUUUUGCUGACUAUCAAUUAUCUAAAUAAAAAAAUGUUUUACUUUGUGUGUUCGGGGCACAGUAAAUCAGUACUUCCCUCUGCUGACAGGUGCUGGUGUACCAGCACAAAAGACCCCAAUAACAAGCGAGCGCUGAGCAGAUAAUGAGGGGAACUCGGGAAGGCUCGGUUUCCCUCCACCCCUCGCAGUAACUGUGGAGCGAACCUGCUGACUGUGCAGUCACAUAAGAAGUGGUCUUGUAAUUAACUGAGAGUCUGCAUGACCACAGCUGUGAGCCACAACCAGCUGUGAGGAGUCUGGCUAGGUCCCCGUGGAGACAAGACACUGAGAAAGGCUAAACACAAAUGAAAGGAAGGAUACGUGGAAUCAGCGGUUUCACGACUUUGUUGUCUUGCAAACUCUAUUAAGGACCACGGUUUCCAUCUUUUUUACCAAGAAUAAAGCUUCAACAAGCAAAAUAACACUUCUAAUUGUUGCCAGUUGCACCAGUAGAGUGCCUGUAACAAAGAGAAAUAAGUGGGCCAACUGACUCGUGUUUGUGGAGCAGGUGCUCUAAAGUUGCCUGUGGUGUCUAGCCUAGCAGCGGGCUGACGGUGGUGUUGGUAUGCGUGUGUGAUGCAUGAAUGGAUUUAUGAAGCUAUUAAGAAAUCAUCCUAAGGUAUUCUGGCACACAUCUGCUCCUCUGCUCUCCUUCCUCUCUGCAAGCAAAUUGGCACCACAAGUGAUUACAAGGUUUCUAUGGCCAUCAGCUUUAAUUUGGAGCUCUGGGAAAGUCUCUCAUCACUUAAUGGUGUGUGUGUGUGUGUGUGUGUGUGUGUGUGUUCAGUUUCAUCACCUGCAGCUCAUCCUUCUCUUUCUUUUCCCCCCUCUCGUUGUUCUCAGACUGUCAGUAGAAGCCCCUUUGCUUGGGCCUGAUUUAAUUCAUUUGAAUUAGGGAAAUAUUCAGACUGAAAGACUUAGUCUGACCAUCGUUUGACACGUAGUUAUGAGACAUCAUGCCACUGAUUGUCUUUUCACAUAUCACGUCCUAAUUACGCACAAACAUAAGCGCUUGUGUCCCAGUUGCACACUACGUAUACGAAGUUUAAGCGGGUGUUGAGUAUGUAGUGUGUUUAUACUUGGCAAAGUCACCAAGAAAUACUAGAAACACUUCAUUUUUGAGUGUUGAUGUACUCUAUAGUUCCACAACGUUCCACUAGAAAACUGGAGGACCUUCUCAUAGCUGCAAAAUAAAUAAAUAAAAUAAAAAAAUAGAACCAAUUGUUGAUUGUAGAAGGACAGAAACAUCUUGAAGAGGAGG